AUGAUAGUUUGGAGGUCUAAAGUAGUGAAGCAUAUGAAGCAGUCGCAUCAAGUUUCAGAAUCAAGUCAAGAAUUUGAAAAAAUACAAUGGGCCGGUCUGAGUCACAAUAUAAAAGAAAGUUUAGAAUUCAGCCCAUAUCAAUGCUCGCAGUGUACUAAAAUAAUGAAAAAUUCCUAUGCUCUAUCACGACACAUCCUACUAUGCGGAGGACCAAAACGCGAUAAAAAUUCUGAUAUGGUGCUCGAGGACAGCAAAGAUUUUAUUCGUAACAGACAAGUGGAACCUAUAAAGUGCUCGAAAUGUGGUGAAAAAUUCGAUCACAUUUAUUCACUGAAUAAACAUGUACGAUACUGUCAGAAAAUACCAGGUGUCGUGAGAAUAAUUGGCGAUAAUAAGAUUGAAAUUGCUGAACUCAAUAAAGAUCUUAUGCAGAUAUCAUCAAUACCAUUAGAUAAACGACAUGAGAAAGCUAGAGAAAUGGCUGUUAAGUAUUGCUAUAAGUGUGAAGAAGAGACGGCAAUUGAAAAAAUUCGGAAAAUCGAUCGUAAAUCAUUAUGCCACAAAUGUAAUUCUACACUACUGUUCAAGUGUCAAAAAUGCUUUAAUGUGUAUUCUAAAUAUAGGAGUGUAAUACAUCAUUUGAAUUCAAUUUGCAAUUCUCAAGAAGAAUUCAAAUGUUUACAAUGCAAUUACACAGCUCGUAAUAUAUCUUACGUUAGAAACCAUUCUCGAUCAGUCCACGGAACUAGUAACAUUGAAUGCCAAAAAUGUAAAAGAAAAUUUAAAAGUACUGAUUAUUUGCGAAAACAUAUGCGUGUAUGCGGAUUGAAACCAAAAUUCCAGUGCGAUGAUUGUCCAUUCAAGUCAAAACUGAAGCUUUAUUUGAGAAAACAUAUCUUCCGUAGUCAUAUGGAGCCCAUAGUUAUUGAUAGGCGAGAAUCUGUUAUAAUUUCAAAGCAACGCUUUUCGCGGGCCAUGAUUCAUCUUAAGGCUCACUGUUCCCAAUGCAACAAGGAGCAACGUUUGAGUGACCGUCUCAAAAAUUGCCGAACCUGUAAAAAAACACUAUGUUACAAGUGCAAAACCUGCAAUAAUAAUUAUACUGGUGAUGAUGAGAAUGCGUGCAAUCAUGUCAAAGGUUAUUUAGAAGCAAUCAAGUAUGAAUGUAAACGCUGUGGUCGUGGUGCGAUUUCUGAAAAAAGUUUAUGGAUGCAUGAGCACAACAUCUGUGGUGUUAAACCUACGUUCGGCUGUAGAUUCUGCAAAUAUAUUUCCAACCGAAAAGGGGAUACAAUACAGCACGAGAAAAAGAAACAUUCUUAUAAAUUUUAG